UGCGGACUGCGUCAGGUCACUCUACAGUUCCUACGCGCCCCACGGUGCGUUGCGUUAUCUCUCGUAAGGGUCACGUUGUCGCGUCGACGGUUAAAUUGAAAUGGUGCUCUUAACGCCACAGAUGGCGAUGGUUGCGUUUCAGCCCAUGAGUGUGUGUUUUGUUUUUUUGAAUUUUUAAAAGAAACCUAGUGAUCUUGGUGAAUGUGUUUAAAGUGAAAUUUUGUGUUCGAAUCUAUUGGAAUUGGAUAAUUUGUAUCGAUGGCUAUAAUCAUGAUUUUCGUGUCUAAACAAAUUGGUUCAUAGUGUAUAGUUUCCAAACAACCCAAUCAGACUACACCAGUGCAGCUGGUCGGGACACUCCGGCAGGCAUUGCAGCGUAAUUUCCAUUGACUAAUAACAUCAACUACUUUUUAACCAACCAAAAUACUACCCACAAGCUGCCGUAGCACACCAGAGACUGAGAAAAAAGGAGGAGCACCCCGAGCACAUCAAUGGCAGCGAAAAACGCAACGAUCGACGAUUCGACGAAAAUCGAACGUAGAAGAGAGCGAUAAAACUACGCAAGUGUGCAUUUGAAGGAUUGGCAUCAACGCCACAGGCACGGGCAUUUGGACAUAGCGCAAAAAAACACUCCCACUCGCCGAAGCCGGCCCUCGUUUUCGGAUGCCGUAACAUCCCGUGGACAUUCGUCAUCGUGGGUAAUCGUUCCGGGAUUACAGCGCGCUGGUUCGAGAGUGUGUCUUGGAAACGGAGGCAGCACGAGUGUGUGAAAGAUGCUCGAAGAUAAACACGCAAUACCGUACGAAGACCAGCUCCAGCACGUGCAGUGGGUGCACUAGGCGUGUGGGCGCGGUGGUCUGCCAGUGACACUUAUCCCGGUUGGGUUGCUCGAGUCGAACAAAGACAGCUUGACAGGCGCUAGGGACGUGUGUGAUCGUAAAUAUUUUACUAUCGCGCUAGGCAGCGCGCUCUUCGCUCCAAAGACGCCCCGGAAUGCUGACGCCAGUGUCCGGGCUGGUUAGCUUGGUGGGCGCUGUGACGGUGGCUACUGCCACGUCGACGUCCCCAGCCGCGAUGGCGUCGCUGGUGCUGGAUCAUACCGAGCUUCCGCUGGCGGGAACAAUCCCGCCCGCCGCGCUAAUGCCGGCCCGAGUACUUUUGCCAUCGAACGCAACGAAUCUCACCCUGACGCUCGAGGAGCUGCUACGUCCGAACAGCUCCACCGUGGCACCGCCGAACGGAGACAACGAUAUUAUCUUCUCGAACAAACUCGUCCAGAUCGUGUUCUGUGUGCUGUACUCUAGUAUCUUCGUGCUGGGCGUGUUUGGCAACGUGCUCGUGUGCUACGUCGUGUUCCGCAACAAAGCCAUGCAGACGGUAACGAACCUGUUCAUCACGAAUCUGGCCCUCUCCGACAUACUGCUGUGCGUGCUGGCCGUGCCGUUCACGCCGUCCUACACGUUCAUGCGGCGCUGGGUGUUCGGGAAGCUGCUGUGCCACACGGUACCGUUGGCGCAGGGCUGCAGUGUGUACAUAUCGACACUAACGCUGACUUCGAUCGCGAUCGAUCGCUUCUUCGUGAUAAUCUAUCCAUUCCAUCCGCGCAUGAAGCUAUCCACCUGCAUCACCAUCAUCGUGCUGAUAUGGUCCUUUGCGAUAAUGGUGACCAUGCCGUACGGGCUGUACAUGAAGUUGCACGGUGUCGCCUUGAAUGGGACGGACAAUGCUACGGGGCCGCUUUCCAGUGCUAUGUACUGUGAGGAGCUGUGGCCAUCGGAGGAAAUGCGCAAAACAUUCUCCAUCGUCACAUCGAUACUCCAGUUUGUGCUGCCGUUUAUAAUCAUGGCGUUCUGUUAUAUCUGCGUGUCCAUACGCCUAAACGAUCGUGCUCGCACCAAACCGGGCAGCAAGACGUCGCGCCGAGAAGAGGCGGAUCGAGAUCGCAAGAAGCGCACCAACCGCAUGUUGAUCUCGAUGGUGGCCAUCUUUGGUAUUUCCUGGCUGCCACUGAACGUCGUCAACAUGUGCAACGACUUCAAUUCGGACAUCAACAGCUGGCGGUUCUACAAUCUGAUUUUCUUCAUCGCUCACCUGACAGCCAUGUCGUCCACGUGCUACAAUCCGUUCCUGUACGCCUGGCUUAAUGACAACUUCCGCAAGGAGUUCAAGCAGGUGCUGCCCUGCUUUGAUCCGUCCCGUGGUAGAGCGGGAACUGUCGGCGGCAACCGGGGGGCCGGUGGCGGUUGGCGCUCGGAACGAACCUGCAACGGUAACAAUGACACCGUGCAGGAAACGCUCAUACCGAGCUCUCAAGUUCUGCCCAGCAGUCGCAGCUCGCAACCACACCAGCAAACGCAACAGUUGAGCUCAUCGUCAAGCCAGGGACAAGGGAACCAGCCGACGGUUGAUUCGAUCCUGCUCUCGGAGGUUGUGCCGCCGCUUUCACUUCCACCGCCCCUCACCGGGGCCAUGCUGCCGAGUGUGCAGAGUGCGGAAACAGUCAUUCUUCCAUCGGGCGUACUGGAAACUCCGUUCGACGUACAACUUAUCCCGAGCGUAGGUGCGCCAGUCAGCAAUGGAACGUCUGAUGCGACGAACCUUACCCCGUCCGCGGGUGUCCGAAAUGGGUUGAACCAUGCGUGCACGAACCCCAAACUUUCGUCACUUAUCCUCAUAAAUGACGGUACUACGGCUGACUCGAAAGUGCCCGCCAUUCUAUAAUCAUCUGAGCUUGUGAAGGACAUUCAACCCCCACAUAAUAGACCCGCUGGCAAAAUCAAUCCUACAGAAAAUUAAAUUCUGUCAUCUCACUUCCCAAGGCCAGCAGAGCAACAGUGAUGUACCCCAGGAUGAUACGAUAAGUCGGAAUGAGUUGACAAAUUUAUGGAACAUCACAGACAGUCAUGAGACCAUCGGCCCCAGCAUUCAGCGCAACUGGGUACCACGACGUGCGUUCCGACCGUGUCCUUCCCCACUGCACCCGCGAGGUGUGAAACGAAAUGGAAUUUUAGCGGUUUCAUCGAAAAUAAAAGAAAAAAGACACUAACUCACACAUACGCUCUAACACACGCAUAGGGUGGAUUAAAUGAUGUGACAUAAACGAGACGACAUGUGCGCACUGGUUGUGCCAAAGGGCAUGUUGUGACGUGGCCUGUAACCGUUCGACUAAGAACGAACCAUGAGACGAGGGGCGAUGAAGCUGUGUUGAAAACUGUUUCCACUUCCCUUGGUUCCGGGAGGCGUCGCGAUGAAAGUGUCUCGUUACCAGGAUAUGGCCAGGAGACGCAAAGUUUUGCUGAAGCUAUGCUUAACGAGAUUGCCAAGGUGCAACGGACGCCAUCGCUCGCCAUAGUGCACGUGACUGCAUCGCACGUUCUUGCGUUGUUGUUUUUUUUUUUUUUUUAAUUUCUCUUCCACCCAGCCCGCAAACGACCGAACGAAACGAACAAACCAACAAACGAAGUAAACAACCGAGCAACGAGUCGUCAAAAUGAUCGACUUUACCGACAUGAAGAUGCAAAAAGUCAAAGGUGAUAGAAAACUUUAUUUGAUCGUUUUAGCGAGACACCUCUUUGGCCGGGAGCUGUUUGAGAGUAGAGCACGAGGGUUUAAAACUAGUGCAGUAAACAUCGACAUCAUUCGUGCUGAGUGCGAUGGUACAGGGGUCGGUGCAGUAGUAGUGUAAAAAGCAAACAAACAAACAAACUUGAUAAAGGAAACCACAAGGAAGCCGGAUAAUCAGUUUCUAGACCGGUACCAUUCUGCAACACGAUAUAAAAAUAGUGAAAUUAUUAAAUCUAAAGCCACAGCGCCAGACAGCCCGACACCUACAGUGUACAGGGUACGUAACGUAGGGCAGUAACGGUGGCCACCAUUCACCCGAGAAGAUGUAAUGUUUUCGUGCUGAAGAUGCCAGACGAGAUGCUGGCAGUACUGGCGUGUUGUAUAAAAACAAAAUCAUUGUAUAUGGAUGCUAGAAAGUAAGAAGAAGUGGUCGCGACAGAUAGCGAUUUUCUUAUACGCUUUUUCGGUGCUUCCGUUGUUCGAUGUUUGUAUCAGCACAUUUUCAAUUGGGAGUAUUGGGAGUAUGAUCCCGACGUCUAAGAGUGAGGUAUGUGUGAGGAAAUGUGUAUGAAUAUGGAGUGUUGUUCGGUCCAGCGGAAGGUCCCUGACCGUCGGACCCGUCAGUUAUCUACGUCAGCCUUAAGAACGCAAACAUUCCUUCACAUGUGCAAUAGACGCCAUGGCGUGUCAUGCUCCCGUGCUUUCGUCCAGUCCAUGGUUUCGUAUUUCCCUUUGGGUAGCUUCUUAGAAGAAGCUUAGCUUAGGAGCUGUGUCUUCUAUUUUGAGUCAACAUAUUUGUUAGUUAAUUUUUUCGAUUUUCGUUCUUAUAUUGCAUGACCACUAGCUUUUGAGCCCGUUUGUCCUUUAAUCUGUGUUAAUGCCUUUUACACCCAAACGAUGCUGUGUUUGAGGCGAUGAUCAGCGGUCAGAUUCCUUAUAAAGUACAUUAAUUUCAAUCAAACAUAGAUAUUGACAAUUCUUAGUUGCAGAUUUAUCCGAUUUCGUUCUCAAGUUCGUUUUCCCUUAUCUUUGUGGACGCUUUUUUGAGCUCAACAGUCUUGAUUUAAUUGUCCUCUCGACAGAGAAAUCUCCAAGACGUUUUGGAUGGUUCUAAACGUGAAAAACAUUCUUCAUAAACAAUUUCACCUUUUCACCUCAUUGAGGUAGACUCAUAAAACUCCAUUAGUGUAAAAAAAACAUCAUUUGAGCAUGGCAUAUCCAAUGACAAACGUUUGAUAAGCGCUUUGUCAUUUGAACGACCGAGCAAAGCUUCAACGAAUCAGAAUGUAAAUUAAAUUUAACAGACCACUUGUCAUCGUUUCUUGCUGCAUUCUUCCUUUUCUUGCCAUUUUUAGUUCGACCUGAUUCAAACGUUUGAAGGAUUUUCGGUCCAUUCCUAUAUUAUUAUCCACUGUCAGCAGUAGCUUGGUCCGUUCUAUCGGUAUUCUGAACCCUCCUGGGAAAUCAGGGACCGUGAUCCAUCAUGAACCUCGUGACCAAAUGACCCUAGCUCAAGCUCGCAACCGAAGUUGUCUUAGUCUUAGGAGAAGUAGUCGGAAAACGGAGCUUGCGUUUGGGUUUUGUAAUCUGUUAGAUUACAAACUAACCGAUCAGCCACUUGCUAUGCUGGAAUUCAAACAAACACUCGAUCAGUAAGUUUUUUUUAUCUUUUUUAGAUGAACUCUUGCAUUCGACCGUCGUGUGAAUUCGUUUUUCAUUUUAUUAAUUUGAAACGAUUUUCAAUUUACUUUUGAUUGAACUCUGGCCACGAUUGUGCGGGAAAGCGAAAAUUCCACACGAUUGGUCCAGACUCCGUGUGAAACGGACCCGACCCCACACUGACCACUGAAACCCUCGCCACGGAAUGGAACGAAGAGAGAGGAGAGGAAACAGCACUACGACAGCAUCGAUACUAUUCGGAGGCAGCACAGCUCCGACAGACAUCCACAUUUGACUCACUUUCCUCGAGCUGUACGUGAUUGAGCCCCGAAAUUCUAGGAAGUGUACGAAUGUGCCCUGUUUUUCCUUUGCUUGCCUCUUAUGUUACACGCGGGAGAUUUUCUUUCCAGUGUUUUGUUGUUGGUUUCGUGGCUUACAUUCCGUUCGGAGAAAAUUUUCAUCAUCCACUCGGCUCAAUAGGAGGGUACGGCUAUCGACGAGUUUACCACAGGAAAGGCAGUUCGGUACGCUUGGCGUUCGUAUUAUUUUGGCGUGAUUGUUUGUACACUCGUGUCUGAGUGGCCUGACCGGGUUUCAAUGGGCGGAAAAAUAACAUUUCAGAUCACUUCUAACCGACCAUUCUACCCGACCGGCACAUUUUGGAAAUAAAUCGACCAGUUUACGCGUCUGGAAAAAAGGUUUAUGGUCCGGGUUUUCAUACUAUCAUUCGGCUCUGAGCUUUGCCAAAGAGAAUAAUGAUUUAAUUUGAACAAAGAGUUGUGAAAGAAUUCAACUCUACAGAUCAAAAGAGAAGUUUUUUGAUUGGAUACAAAUGUCCCUGUCGGUUGUCCCAACAUUGUUUCUCUACCCAUUCAACAUCACGAUUGUGAAGAUGUUUGGUAAGUUUCUUCGGCUUACGUAUGGGGAAAUCGGUAUAGCAAAAAUGAGGAAAGCCUCUUCAUUCAUCUCUGCUCCAACUCUAGUGGGCAGCAAUCAAAGUUAAUUAACGUCACACACGUGAAGUGGUUUUAGCAAACGAGUUGAGUGGAAAUGUUGACAAAACACGACAAGUUAGAAUACGAUGGACGAUUUGAACAGACAUAAACCUUUUGAUAUUGAGACUUUUUUCAAUUUCAUUCAUGUUUUUUAAAGCCCAGAUGAAUAGUUUCAAAUACUAUUUCAAUCUAGAAAAUAUUUUUGGCAACACAAAGCUGAUUGCUUACGUUAUAGAGUGAUGGAUAUUGAAUAUUUUUGUGACCUUUUCUACCGUCAUCCUAUUGAUAUGGCAACAAAAGGACCUCUCAUAUUACAUCCACCCUCAAAUGGUCAACGGUCAAUAUACAGUGAGAGCGCCGUUCAACUUGAGCUGGUAAAAGACCGUACCUAGAAAAAUGGCCCAAAAGAGUAGCAAAUGCCCGAAGAGACCUAUAAAUAUCCUUAUAAACCCACGCCCCGCGGGCUAGCCGAAAGCUUUUGAUGUAAUUUUUUCCCCACACUGACCACGCCGCUGUCAUGGUGACAGCGUGAAAAAUGACGCCUCCUUGACCUAGCCAAGCCCCAUCGCUUCGAAUCAAUCAAUCGGCCGAAAAAUUAAAUCUUGCGUUCACACUCGUAAAUCAGCUUACAGUACAGUAAGGCAACAAAGUCAAAUAGAACGUCCUCGCUGGCGGGCAAAGUACGACGGACAAAAUGUUUCACCGGUUUUCCAUCAGUUUUUGUUACAAACAAAAAGAAGAAAAAUAUCUCACUCCCGGGAAUUGUAAAUGGCAAGGAAACACAAUCACUAACCAUGAUAAUAUCGGUUCCCUCGGGAUACGGUAGCCACGAAAAAGGUUACCAGCGAACAAAACGGUACUCAUCCGCGGUGAAUCGUUUCACUUUGUCUUUAGUUUCCGUUUUAGCUUCCAGAUGGAGGUAACGGUGCUAUCGGCUGUGUUGCUUCCUCUUAUUUUGUGCAUUAUCGUUUCUUUUUGUGAACGUUUUGACGAGCUUUCAACAUUUCUUUUUUAUCUUUUCCGAUUCAACUGACUUCACUCACUGAUAAUUAUUUUGCUGUUUGCUCCAAAAAAAAAAACCGAACGCUCCACUUGGCACGUCAAAACUGCGAAAUAUCUUUAAACAAAACCACAGUGGUGGUUUAAACUCACAAUCAAGGGAAAACACUAAAUUCACCAAGGAAAACUGCGAGCGUGGGUAUAAGGAAGGAAAAUUUUCUCUAGAACGCAUAAAAAAUGUACAACGGAAACAGAAAAGAUGAAACCAAAAAGAAAACAAACGGGCAAUACACUUCCAAUUCUGAUUCACAGUGCCUCGAGGAAAGCGUACUCAACUGUGUUGAUUCUAGUGUGCUGCUAGUUGCUGCUGUCCGUCGUGCUGUUAAUGUGUAUCUUUCGCUGUUGUUGUUGUAGUUUGUAUCGUACUAAUGUUGUUUUUUUUUCACCGCUGGCGGGAAAAUAAGGAAACUAGAAGAAAACAAUUGCGAAACGGUCGAGAGGAAAGCAAAUGCCAUUAGUCGAUCCUGUGUGUGAUUGUAUAUAUGUGUGUGUGUAUGGAAGAGAGAGAGAGAGAGAGAGAGAGAGAGAGAAAGCACCAGAGGAACAAAACUAGCGAAUCAAGCAUCCACUGCAUAUUUAGCCUUUACAUUUCACGCCAUUUCGUGUGUUUAAGCUUCCGUGCAGUUGACUACAAGCACACAAACUGCAGGCGGAAAGAGCAACAGGAGCACUUUAGUUUUGUUUUUUGCCAGAUGAUGAUAUUCCUACCACUUUUUAUUUAUAAUUGCCUCAAGUGCAAGCAGCAACUUUACUGCUUCCGGAAUGUUGCGAUACUAGAGACAUAACUCCACAGUUUCUUUCUCCUUUGCACUGGUAGAGUUCCGUAGGUCGCUGUCGUUCGUGCUACGUUGCAGACGCAAAAGAAUAAAGUCCAUUAUCAGCAGCAAUGCAGCAGGGUGAAGUUUGUUGCGCGAGUGAGCUUUUAACAUGAAACCCUGUACAACUAGCGGAGAAAAAGUGGCUGAAUUUAUUAUCACCAUCUGAGGACACGGAUCGACAAGGAAAAGUUGAGCAGCACAGAGAAGACGUGUAAACGCUGUAACAGGAAACUGCCCCACUGGUUUUUUUUAUAUUGUCGGGUGAAUCAUCUCGUCCCGUGCUAGACUAUCACUCGUUGUGUAGUUAUUUUAUUUGAAUCGGGCGCCGAAGCUAACGAAGAAACGAGCUCACACACUUUGAAAAGCUGAUGAGCAUCAUAGAUAGGUUGCAUAACGGUAUAGUAAAAUAGAGCAAACGGAAAAGAAAAAUACCGAUUCAUGCGACCGCUACUCACCAGCAAAAAGGAACUCCAAUCUAAACUGCACGACGGAGGCCAGGAAGGAGUGAUUUGUUUUACAGACGAUAGUAAAUUCCAGUGCCCGUUGCUUGAGACAUUUACCGAAAAUUGUGUUAUUUAGAUCUGGUCUGGCCAGCAAUGUGCUCAGCAUAGUACUAUUCUUGGUAUUUUUGCGAAAAGGUAGACCAUUUUGUGUCGUUGCUUUGGUUUCGUUAGUGAGUCAAAGUGCCACCGAAGCCAAAUGUUGGUAAAUUUAAUCAACGUGUUGUUGAGCAGCUCAAAUACUGGAGGUGCAUGGAAAGGCCAAAAGAAAAUUGCAGUAGCAUACACUUUGAUGUCUAUUUUUGCCAUUUCUAGGUGUUUGAAGAGGUGCCGUUUUUUAUCGGCUCUAUUUUUUUAUGCUAACGCAGCACGAAACGCUGCCUGGGCCAGAUUUGAUGGCUAUACGCUGAACUCGGAAGCGUGCUCUACCUGCUCGGUUCGAUUCAGUGGCAUAUUAACUUUUGUACCGCCGCAGUCACGGACAAUCACGUUAGGUCAGGGGGUGGUAGAAAAUGGAAGGGGAUAAAAGAAAGAAAUAAAGCCGUCAGUCCUUGUUGGUAGGCGUUGAUCAAAGUGACAGAAAUCGAUACUCGAUAGCUGCAUGUUUCGAGCUCAGCACAGGCAUGUCAAACGCAUACUCGCAUGUUCAGGAAAAAGUUGAAAUGAAAAACAUUCUUACAUUGACCACGCACGUGAUUUUUCGCCACUUCCUAUUAUUGUAUCUGAAUAUUGUUAAAAUGCUUUUCACUUUUCAAUGAAUUUGUGCUGUAUGAAAGUCAGCCAUCAUUGUCAUACCGACAAUCAAAGUUUGCGACGCACAUGCGUUUGACACCCCUCGCGUAAAGGAUCAUUCCUGAAAGCUCGAGCACCAAAAAGGUUCCAGCAUUGUGUUGUUGGAUCGCAACGUACAACGUUAAGGCAUGUCCUCUACAUGGUGAUCUCGGCAAGUCUACGGCUAAAAUGAAAAUCACUACAGCAGGAACAACAAAAAAAGUUAACUUUCUUCAUAACACCGGCUACUAACACGCGGUAGUGUGUGCCGAGGGUGAACUGAAACGGUACAUAAAACGCACGACCUCGGCAUCGGCCUUGGUUUAUGACUCUUCCGUACGUGUGCACAUACACACGCGCCCUCUGCAAUGUUUGCAAAAAGGGACACAUUUUGUGCAGGACAAUGUCGAGGACGUUUGUUGUCAUCGGCGUCGGCGUCGUUGUCGUCGUUAUGCUCGGUGUCUGUUUCGGAGGAAUGGAAAAUGAUAUACGAAAGGUGUUUUAUUCAUAAGCAGCUCCUUCUUGCAUGGACCGUACGUACGGACCGGGAAAGGGUGAGGUGAGCGAGAUUGAUUUUACUCAUAUUUACAUACGCAGCACGUUAAACGAUGCGCACGAUUGAAGAUGCGUGGCCGUGGGAAAAUUUCGAAACCCCUGCGGCAUGCAAAUGAAAUCCCCCGCAUUUACACCGGUGGGACGGGCAAUAAAAAUAAAUAAUAUGCCUACUUUCAACGGGCGGUGGGUGGUGACAUUUGUGACUGAUUUCUGCUGUUCUAGCAACCCGGAACGCCGUUUGUCCUCACCACCAGCGAACGAAAUUGUUCGCCCGAAACGGUGCUGUUUGUGCUAACAGCAAAGCGUGAAGUGUUGCUAAACAAUUCGCAUGAAUUUUAUAUGAAAACAACAUCAAUCCUGAGGUAGGAGUAUUAUUUGCCUUUUAUUGCCAUGGAUACACGCUAUACGCGAUGGAUGCCACAGACGCAGCGCACCCACACGCCUGCCAAACAUUUGUACAUUAUUAUCUUACGCAGCAAAUACGCCGAAGUAGUCAAUUCGCGAGUGGCCAAAUCGGUGGUAGGUUGGUGUGUUUUGCAGCGUCACGGAAUUACUGCACUGGAGGCAACGAUUUCAACGACUCUCUGGCACAAUAGCAAUGGUAACGCACCGUAUGGCCCCUACAACGCGUGCAAAGCAACAUUUUUCACCGAAGCCAGACGCGUUCGAAUGACGACACUUCGGAUGCAAUUAUCAUUAUCUAAACGAGGAUACAAUUCCAGCAGCGUGGGAUCCCACCAAAUCAUCCUAUUCCCAGUCAUUUCUGCAAACGAUCCUAUUCAAUUGCUGUCAGCCGCAAUCAGUUGUUAGUUUACACCAAAUUUGAUUCAAAUCGAUACCCUUGCGUGGGAUGCGGGUGUAGCAUUUGUGAGUGCGGGGCGUUUAUUUAACGUGGUGCAAUAUUGGGUUAUUAAAUUGAUUUACGCAGUGGAUGUUUGUCAGCAGCAACCCGGGUGUGAUUCAAAAACAAUUAAAUGUGUAUGUUGGAGAUUGAUUGUGUGUGGCAUUUCAAGUGCAAGAGAAGAGGUUGAACAUUUUUUUACGGAGUCCUGCACUAGUUUAUAGCAAACCUUUAUUCUUAGUCUCAAGUAUAGUGUUAAAAUCGCUGUAAAAACGACAAGGUAUUGUGAUGUAAAGAAAGAUGAUGAACAAUGUGCUAGCAGUAAUAUUAGGAUUGAUUGCAAAUAAAAUUAUCAUCGCCAGCACUAGCACUAGUGGCAUUUCUUUAUGCAAUGCUUUGGUAAAGAAACGAGCUAGUAUUCUUUUUUAUCAAGACUGUUCUAUAAUUUACAUUGAUUGUUUUCUAAGCCAUUUCAUAGUUUUAAUAAACUUGUAGCUGAGAACGUCCCAGCUACCAAUACGAAUACGUACUCCACAAAGCAGUAGAACCCUAAAUACUAUCUUGAUAGAAAACUGUGUAAAGUAUUUUAAAAAUGCAUUUUUACCAACGACACUGGUUGAAAGAUAUUAAGCAAAUUCAUAGAUCUAAACCGAUUAGUGUGAAGCUGAUAUAGACAUUUAGAUGAUGAGGAAACUAACAAACAUACAGACACAUACAAAGAAAACGAAAGCUAAAGUGAGAGCUUAGAAAGGUAAGACAGGCGGCGCUAGCGAUACUUGUUGAGCUAAUGAAAUACAAUUUUACUAGCAGAACGUGUUAGGCAAUAGUUCGUUUAUAUGUAAUAACUAAUUGAAAUCACAUUCACUAACAAUUUACAAAUUAACUAACCUUCGAUGCGACUGAAAGUUGGACGCGGGGAAAGACACUGGAAGGACCUACUAAAAAUGAGCCAUUUUUUAGAGGUAAAUAGCACGAUGUAAAAUUUGACAUGAUACUCUCCGAUGAGCUAAAGGGAGAAUAGACAUUUUAGGCACGACGUUCUUCAACCGUACGAAUACAGACAAUUGCUUGUUUUCAUUACAGAAUAACAAUGUGCGAACAAGUGCACCGCAGCAAAAACAAAAACAAAAACAAUGUAAAACGAGCAAACAUUUGUAGAAGCCUCACAAAUGGUUUGCAAAGCUACACACACCAGCAAAUAAAAAUAUAAAAUAAAUAUAACAAAAUACAAACAGAAUCGUUAAUGCUCUGUAAAUUA